ACUUAAUAUAAAAUGAAAUCUAACGCAAGAAUCAACAAGGAACUCAAAGACUUGGAUGAAGAGCCAAUUCAAGGUGUUGAAAUUACCCUUAAGGUAGAAGAUGACCUGACUAUCUGGCAUGCUAUUAUUGAUGGUCCAAAAGAUUCCCCAUAUGAGGGAGGCAAAUUUACCGUUGAAGUAGAUUUCACUGAUAGCUAUCCAUUCAAAUGUCCAAAGGUCCAUUUCGUCACAAGCAUUUAUCACCCAAAUAUCAAGUCAGAUACUGGAGAGAUUUGUACUGCAGCUAUUGAAAAGCAAUGGGUCCCUACACUUAAUGCUCAAUUUGUCAUCGAAAGUAUCGUGAACUUGAUGGCUGAACCAAGACCAGAUGAUCCCCUUGAAGCAGAGAUAGCUGAACAAUAUAUGAACGAUUUCGAUGCUUAUGUUGAACAUGCCCAAAAGCAUACCUCAGAAAAUGCUACCUCAUAAUGCAAGAU